UCUAGGAUGUUUCUGAGUAAGAUGAAAAUUCUCCUUCUGAUCGCAGUCAUCUUGGCAGUAACUGCUGGUUUCCCGGUCUCUGAAAACCAGGAAAGAGAAGAACGAAGUGCCAGUGGAAGCAAUGAAUCACCUUCACCGUUUUAUGGCCCAUUUGGCCCAUAUCCACCAUUCCUGGAUCCAAGAUAUCCAUGGUGGAGAUAUUGUCCUCCUUUCCCAAUACCUUUCAAUGUCCCUCCUCCUAAUGGACAGUAAAGAAAGAAAAGUUCCACUACAGUUUAACAUGAAAUAGGUGGUCACUGUAAAAUGGAAUGUGAGCCACUUCCUUG